AUGUUUGGGUUGCGUAAUCUAAGGCGAGGAUUGUCGCUAUGUAGAUUCUACUCUAAGCCGCGCCCGACGCCUGCCCCAAUUAAACAAGAUUCACAGCAAUCAAGCCAGCUACCAGAAUGGCAAAAAAGAGAAAAAGCCCAUCGAAAACGGUAUGGAAAUUGGAAUCCCACUAAACGACUUUCACGGGCUCAGAUGCAAGAUCUACGAAGCUUGAAGCAACAAAUGCCACAUAUGAAAACCAUUGAUUUUGCCAAUUUGUUCAAGGUGCUGCCGGAGGCCAUUCGUCGCAUUUUGCAAUCAAAGUGGACGCCCACAGAAGAAGAAGAAGCAAGAUUGGCCGCGAGAGCACAAUCAGCGAAAAACAAGAGCGCGCAACGAAGGCAGCAGCAAAUAGACAACCUCAAGCAAGCCCAUCUGCGUAUGCAGCCUGUGACCGGAAUAGUCGAGGACGCACGCACGAGCGCGAUUCGACCGCGAAACCCAAGGCAGCGCAAACCAAGACAGCACCAAGGCCAGAAGACACAGCAAACGCAGCACGACCAUGAUUCACACCAGCCGUACGUGCCCUCGGUGGGAGAUGUACUAGAGUAG